AUGGUCAGGCAACCUUUCGCGUUUGUUCUCGCUACCCUACUACCAUUCGUUGUCACGCUCGUCACUGGGCAAGUUGCACAAAACGUAUUCGAGGUCCAUGGUGACAUCGUCGAUGAAGACUACGACUUCAUCAUUGUAGGAGGUGGAACGGGGGGAUCUGUUCUCGCUUCUCGUCUCUCUGAGAAUGCGGAUUGGAAGGUUCUACUGGUGGAAGCCGGACCAGACAAUGACGGCGUUCAAGACCUUCAGAUACCCUAUUACUGGCUACGAAUCAACAGCACUUACAAUUGGAAUUACGUUAAUACACCUCAGGUUGGGCUGGGUAAUCGGUCGAUUGAGUUUCCGAGAGGAAGGGUGCUUGGUGGGAGUAGUUCGAUAAAUGCGAUGUCGUACACUCGAGGAGCGAAGGACGACUACGAUCUUUGGGGGCGAGUCACGAAAGACGAGAGAUGGGGCUGGGACGCCUUAUGGCCCUACAUGCUUCGAAACGAACAAUGGACACCGCCCCUAGGAGGACGUGACCCAACAGGCCAAUUCGACCCUCAAUACCACAAUACAGAGAGGGGUAAAACGGUGGUUUCGCUACCUCAAGAUGAGGAGACGGAAUAUGACAGGCGAGCGCUCAGGAAGAUCGAACUCGAUUCUCAUCAACAUCGCGAUUUCCGGUUUAAUUUGGAUGUUAAUUCGGGGAGUCCAGCAGGUCUCAGUUGGAAUCAAGAUUCUGUCGGAAAUGGCGAGAGGAGCAGUGCUGCGACCGCUUACCUGUCAAGAGAAGUAAGAGAGCGUGCUAAUUUGAGAAUAUUAGUCGAUACAUACGCGACGAGGGUUUUACCCACCACCGAAGGUAGCGAGUUGGACAUUCGAACAGUGGAAAUGACAAUUCGAGGCGGUCCUGGGAAUCCAAGCUCUGACAUAUCGAAUUCAAACGCCACUCGGACGAUGACAGCAAAGAAAGAACUGAUGCUCUCAGCUGGAGCGUUUAACACCCCACACAUCCUCAUGAACUCCGGGAUCGGCGACGAGAACGAGCUGCGAGUGGUUGGAGUGACGCCAAUCCAUCAUCUCCCCGCCGUCGGUAAAGGGAUGAGCGAUCAUCCAAGUGUGAGACUCAGAUGGGGGACAACGUUUACUCCACAGCCCUUGGACGAGGCUGCAGCUCUACUUCAGUGGCAAACGAAUCGUACUGGGCCGCUGGCAAAGCCUACGGACCACUUGUAUCUAUAUUACAGGUUACCGAACGACUCUGUAGUCUUUGAGGGUUAUGACGAUCCUUCCCCAGGGCCGACGGCUGUCCAUUUCGAGUUGCCUCUCUGGGCAAUGCCCAUGGAGGAACCUGGACCCGUCUUACCUGGCGAUCUCAUCCUCCUGACACCGUAUUCCCGCGGGUCCGUGAAACUUCGCUCCUCCAACCCCUUCGAUCCACCUCUAAUCGACGUCGGGUACUUCACUCACCCAUUCGACUUUGACGCCGCGAGGGAAGGUAUCCGCAUUGCCAAGCAGUUCUACGAAGGCGAAGCUUGGGAGGGCUUCAUCACGCACUUCAUAGGACCCGAUCCAGACACACUCACGGAGGAAGACUUUGAGCAGAGCGUCAAGGAGAACACGGAGACGCUCUCUCACCCUAUUGGGACGGCAUCCAUGUCAGCGGUAGACGAUCCGUUGGGCAAGGGUGUUGUCGAUCCAGAGUUGAGAGUCAAGGGCGUGAAGGGGUUGAGAAUUGUUGAUGCUGGUGUGAUUCCGUAUGUGACGUCUGGUCACACUCAGGUCCCUGUGUAUGUCUUGGCUGAGAGAGCAGCCGAUCUCGUUCGAGAGUCGUGGGAGGAGUAA